AUGUACGCCGAGCAAGCCCUCCACACAGCACCGAUGUCCAACCAUGCUGCAGGAUAUGAGCGAAAGUUUGCAAAGAGUAAUGAUGUGGAGAGCGGCUUUCACGCAGCAAGAGACCAUCUCAAGAAAUGGGCGAAACCCUUAUAUCAUGCCGUAGGUACAUGUGCUAUGUUGCCACUGCAAGGAGGAGGCGUUGUAGUUACCGAGCUGAAAGUUUCUGGUGUGACGGAUUUGAGGAUUGUUGAUGCUUCUGUAUUCCCAUUAAUACUGCAAGGAAAUACGCAGACCCUUAUUUAUGCGGUUGCUGAAAAGGCGUCGGAUAUCAUUAAAUCGGGUCUGCGAUUGUGA